AUGAAUAAAAGUCAUCUUUAUUUAGAAAUAAAUGGUAAAUUUCUGUUAUUCGAACAGCAGAAACUGUCAAACCUCAAUAAAACUGCAAUCACAUUACUGACACAACUGUUUCAGUGUAAAUUAUUGCCUAAUGAUGUAUUGUUGAAGACAUAUUCAAAAUUGAAGUAUGUAGUAGAGCAAUCAUUUCGAUACAAUAUACAAGAGAGAUGCUAUAAGUAAUCAUGAUGAUAUUUUGGAGAAGAAGA